CUUUAAUUCAUAUACUAUCAUUCAUCCGCGCAACUGCAAGUUUGCUUUUCUUCUCGUAACUUUUUCCAGCGUGAUUGCUGUCCUUUUCUUUCACAAGCACAUAAAACUGUAGCCACUGUCAAUCCCUCACGCAGCACCCAAACAUGUCUUCCACCAGUGGCAAUGUCACUUACCUCCCCUUUCGGUAUUGUUAUGAUGUCUCACCACAAUGUCCCGUCGAAAAUACCAUCUACGGCUACUAUCCCAAUAUUGGUGCCAAUUGCUUUUUUGCGGCUUUUUUCUUUGUGAGUUCUUGGAGCCUGGCACAAUCACAAUCACACAUUCCCGCCUUUUCCCUUGUCGAUGGCCCCGAUGGAGGGAAUCAAACUAAGAACCCAAAAACAAAACAGAUGGCGGCGGCCCUCCAGCUGUACGCCGGCAUUCGUUACAAGACAUGGACAUACCUCCUCGCAAUGUUCCUCGGCUGCAUUGACCAGGCAAUCGGAUACAUAGGACGUGUCAUGCUGCACAACAACCCUUUCGACACUGCCGGUUUUCAAAUCCAAAUUUGUUGCCUCAUCCUGGGCCCCGCGUUCAAUUCGGCGGCGAUAUACCUCGUCCUCAAACACGUCACGCUCUGUUUCGGCCCAGAGUACUCACGCAUCCGCCCGAAACGGUACACUUGGAUAUUCAUCACCGGAGAUUUAAUUUCGCUCGUCAUUCAAGCCGUCGGUGGAGGAAUGGCGGCUACAUCCAUGGACAACCAAUCUCGCCAACGAGUUGGUGACGACCUCAUGAUGGCCGGCAUAGCCUUUCAAGUCGCGACCCUCUCCUUCUUCGCCGUGGCCGCACUCACGUACGUCAUCAAACGAUACCGCGCACCAGCUCCUCUCCCCGCCGAAGCGAAAAUGUUCAUGGCGAGUACCAAGUUCCGACUGUUCGCCAUGGGUCUCGUCGUGGCGUUCACUUGUAUCUUCAUCCGAUGCGUCUACCGUAUCGUCGAGAUGGCCGGCGGUUGGGGCAACCCGAUCAUGCAGAGCGAGAUCCCUUUCAUCGUCCUCGACGGGACCAUGGUCACCGUCGCCACCAUCGUCCAGACAGUCUUGCACCCGGGAUGGUGUUUCCCGAGGCUGUCGAGUGGCUAUGUGGUCCCGGCGGCAGACAGUCACCCGGGGACCUUCCGCGACGAAGAAGGAGAGUUGGAAACCUUGGAGAAGACGAAGAAGGACGGUAAUGACACCCCGGAUCACAACCCGGAAUUUUCGUGAUUUUGAUGUCAAAGAGUAUCAAAAUCAGCCACUUGUACAAUUGUUCCCAUGCGAGGACGAGAAUAGAUUUGAAAACAUAACUGUUAGACCGAUGGAAAGAAACAUUUCUCCUCCUUUCCCAUCACAUUCCCUCACGUACUAGAAAUGAAUGGCAUUGACAAAGUCGUCAUUUCUAACGUCUACUACAAUGUCAAACAUCCGACUCAUCUCAUCACCACCUUUUUGGUUUGUCGAUUUGCAGUCUUGUCCGGCGUCAUGACUAUAAACUUGCUCGUCUUUUCGAU